AUGGUUCGGGUAAAGUGCCACGAGGAGUUGCUCCAGGAGGGAGCAUUGGUCCAGUUUUCAAGAGACAAAGGAAAUGCACUCUUUGUGUCGCACGAAUGGGUUAGCACCGAUCAUCCAGAUCCAAAGGGGGAGCAGUUGAAGGUCCUGCAAGGUGCGCUCAUGCGUAUGCUCGGUGAGACGGACAUCAUCCCGGUGACGGUUUCGGCUGAGCUCAUGUAUGGAUUACAAAAUGGGCUUCUUAUGACUGAGAUGAGAGCCAGGCCGCUUUUCGUUUGGUACGAUUUCUUCUCUUGCCCGCAAAGAAUGCACGGGCCAAUUGGCACUCGCUUUACUCAUCCGAGUGAGCAGGAACUGGCAAUUCACAGCAUCCCAGCAUACAUUGAGAUGUGCCGAUGCGUUGUCAUUCUUUGUCCACCGAUCCUCCAC